AUGGCCAAAAAGGCCACUCCUACUGAUCUUUCGUCAUCUGAUUUCAAUGAUGAAACAUCAUCUUCAGAUGAACAGCAAGGAAAAUCAUCUCAAAGUACAACUAAGAAAAGUUCAAUUACAAAUUAUGUUACAGAUAUUUUAACUAAACAUGGAAAGGCUCAUGGACAACCAAUUGAUUUAACAAAAGCUCAAGUGGAAAUCAAUACAAAUCCUCGCGGCUUCCGAGAGUAUGAAAAUGUCUCAGCUUUUCGACCGUAUCCAUCUGAUACAGCAACUUCAAGUAAGAUCGAUCCACAACGAUCUGAAAGAAAAAGUGCGAGCAGUGAUGAAGAAAUAGGAAAUCAUGCAGCAAGAGAACGAUUAACUGAUCUCGGUGAUUCAAUGACAGAAUUAAAUUUGGAUCCAAAUCCUAUUUAUGAAGAACGUGAAAGCCAAGAACAAGUAUAUAAACAAAAGGUUUAUCUACGUCAAUUACAACCACCAACUCCGCACCCUGUUGAGAUUCAAGUUCAAGAAGUUUUAAUUAAACCACAAAUUUCAAAACCACCAAUUCAUGUUCGUAUAGGUCAACGUGAGCCUCGAACCCCCUCACCAAUAGUUAUUAAAACUCAACCACCACCAGCUCCACCAGCUGAACCAGCCGAACCAAUUAUUUACAAUAAAUAUAUUCCACCACCGAAACAACCACAGCAACAGAUCAUCAUUCAUCGUUAUCCCGAUUUGCCGCCUAAACCGCGUCCUAUUGUUGUUGAACAAUGGUUACCAUACAAACCUGCACCAAAACGAAUUAUUAAACAUUCUCUACCCCCUGAAGCUCUUCAAACACCACCAACUCCACAUAAUAUAAUCGUUUCUUAUUCUAAGCCACGUGCACUUAUUGAAGUUGAACUUGUUCGUUUACCCGUUGUUAAGAUUGAUCCUCAGGCAUAUGAAAAAAUGAGUGCUGCUGGACAAGAACAACUGAUGCAAAAUCCAACAUUUCAACAUGAACAAGAAUAUCUAUUAAGAAAUAGAGCAGCACAAAAAAAUCAAGAUUCAAAUAAAAUCGAUUGGCGAAUUUAA